UUUUCGUUGCCAUAGCAGCGCAAAGCACAUAAACAUAUUUAAAAUGUAAAUCUAAUUAUUUACUGGAAAAUCAUAAUGACACAGGUUUGCAACUCUCGGAAUUGGUUGUUGCACGCCAGGUAUGUUAGAGGAGAGCAUUCAAUGUGCUUGGAAUUAUCGGACGAAUUACAAAAGAAAAAUGGUAACACGCAUAUCUACGCACAUUUCAUAAAGGGAUUAGUAUUAGCCGAUGCUGGGCGUCUGCAGGAAGCUUUAGAUCGUUUUCACAGCUGCAUCAAAUUGUACUCACAAGAUCCUGAACCCCUAAAACAAGUAGCUAGAUGUUUAUAUCGUCAAGAUCGAUUCCAGUUAUCUUAUGAAGCUUAUUUGGAAGCUGACAAGUUAGCGAAACAUCUUGAUGCUGAAAUUUACUGUGGUCUAGCUGAGUGCUCGUGGAAAGUUGGGGACGCGGUGCGCGGGGUGGAGUGGGCGCGGGCGGGGGUGCAGGCGGGCGGCGGGGAGCGCGCAGGGGCGCUGUUAGCGCGUCUAUUGCUCGCCUGUGACCUUCUCGAGCCUGCGCUGCAGGCAUACGACCAGGCUAUAGCUGCGAACGCUUGCGGUGCCGACACUCUAGCAGCAGCGGGCGCACUUCGGCUGCGCGCCGGGGACCCACGCGGUGCCUUCCAGUUGCUAGGCGCGGCGCUGGCCCAGCAACCGGGCCAGCACGCCGCUGCGCUGGCUCUUGCCGCCAUGCUGCUGCAACACGGGGACGCGCCAGCAGCACUCGCCCGGCUCAAGGCAGCGCUCGCUGCGCAUCCCACGUGCGUCGCCGCUCAUUCCAACCUAGGGUUAGCUCUGCUUACUAAGAAGAAGUAUGUAGCGGGUCUGACGUGCCUGCAGCAGGCGGUGCAGUGGGCGCCGCUGAGCGCGCGGGCGGCGCACAACCUGGCGCUGGCCCUACUGGCUUGCCGCCGGCCCGCCUCCGCAUUCUGCCGGCUGGCCAGCGCCACUGCACUGCAACCUCAACAUCCUCACACGGUGCUCCUCCUAGCAAUAGCACUGGAGCGUCUGGGCGACAGUCGCGCGGAUGCGGCGUAUGCCCGAGCACUGAGCGUGUCGCCACACGACGCGCUCGUCACCAUCAACGUGGCGGGCAGGCACGGCAGGGCGGGCCGGCUGCAGCUCGCGCGGCACGAGGCACACAAUACUGCACGGCUGUUGCAACACAAGGGUGAUGCACACCUUGCAAGUUCUUUAUCAGUUCUGAUGAGUUUACUUCAAGACGCAGGGGCGCAUGAGUUGUCCGAUGCAGCACUCGAAAGACCUCCAGUAGACCGAAAAGACCAAGAAAACGCUAUCAAUGACAACUUCGAUCCUGAUGAAGUUUAAACAUAUAGGAAUAUGGAAUGCAAGGAAAGGCGAGCAGGUUUAGUGGUACUGCCGCCGCUCAUCAUAGGUUAUGAUGAGUUUAACUUAGAAGAAUCUGAAGAUGAUUUGAAUAAUGUAAAGGAGAAUACAGAAGAUCUGAGUAACAACUCGGGAUCAGACGCGCGCAGAAAACUUAAUGAAGACGGAUCGAAGAUGUACACAAAUUAUAAUUCACAUUACGGGAAAAUUAAAAGAAGGAAUUAAAGUUG